GUACAGGGCGCUACCGCCGCGCUGAGUCCGUGGUCCCCAGGUGAGGCGCUGCGUUGGGACCGCAUCCGGAGCGAUGGGCGGCCGCUCCCGGCUCCACUGUGACUGUUCGGGGGCCGACGCCGCGUACUUCAUCCUCAAGCUGACGCUCGGGGUCUCGGCCACUCUCUUCUCGAUGCUGGGACUGAUCAUCAUGUGUGUGGGUAUUUAUGCAGAAGUGGAAAGGCAGCAGAACAAAACGAUGGAAGGCUUCUUUGUCGCACCAGCUGUCAUUCUGGUGUUGCUGGGGGUCAGCAUCUUUGCGCUGUCCUUCAUUGGGAUGGUCGGUGCUCUCAGAGACAAUCGGCUGCUGUUAAAGAUAAUCCUAGAAAAGUUCCGGCACAAAAGGACCAAUUGGCUCAUCAAGUCUUUCCCUGCUCAAUGUAAGAGCAAUCUGCUCCUCCCAUUUCCCUGGUCUCUGCAAAGUCAAUUUAAGUGGACACUGGUUACGGUGGUGGUGUUGGAGUUCAUUUUUAUAAUCGUCUGCUUUUUAUUUCGGAAUAAGGUGCUCCUGGUAUUUAAAGCGAAUGUACGAGAAGGGAUUAGACAUUAUUACGAGGACCUGGAUUUCAAGAACAUUCUGGAUCGCAUUCAAACCAAGUUCUCAUGCUGUGGAGGAGAUGAGUACACGGACUGGAAAGUGAACCUUUACCAUGACUGUGAUGCGCCAGGACCAAUGGCCUGUGGAGUCCCCUACACUUGCUGUAUCCAGGAAGAGGAAGAUGAAGUCGUCAACACACAGUGUGGAUACCUUAUGCUAAAGCAAGAGCAUUUUGAGGUUGACAAAGUCAUCCAUGUCCGAGGCUGCAUAGAUGCCAUCAAUUUGUGGUUCGAGGAUAACGUCAUCAUCACAGUGGGGAUACUCGCAGCCAUUAUCCUGCCACAGAUGCUUGGAAUUUUUCUCAGUUGCCUGUACCUGAUAAAACUAUCGCAAUACAAGGAUGAAGUUGAUGGGUUCAGAGUGCGCAUUCCGUUUGAGCAGUUGGAUCUCAGGGGAGCUGGCUGGUGCCUGUGCCUGCCCAAAGCGAAAGGUUACCAGGCAAUGGAGGAACCCGUAGACCCCUACUCAAUGAAUCUUCUUCAAGACACGCAAGUGAUGGAUACCAAAGAGGAAGAGCUGAACUGAGGUUGGAUUCCCGGACCCAGCAACUGUUGAAAUUAGUGACUGGCUUGUGAUAGUUCUGCCUGUGUGUGAGAGAAAGUUCCAUGCUCUCACUUGUACUAAUACCCAUGGUGUUAUCAAAGGAAAAAGUCAGGAGUGUGAUCAGGUUUGUUACAAAACAGUGUAGAUGCCAACCAAACCCCCACUGGGUUCUCGGCACAAAAGAACCCAAUUACAUGGAAAAUUAAAAUUUUGAAAGAUAUAAUGCACAUUUAUUAUCAAAAUAUGUAUUCCAAAUACAACUCUUAAGAUUUGCCCUCCCACAGGCAGCCACAAAACGAAGAAACACCAUGACCAACAUUCAAGAAGGCAUCAAACACCCGACGUGUGAUCAAAGAACAAAUUGUGCAAAUGGCAAAAACUGAAAAAACAAAGCACAUAGAAUAUCAGACCAGGGGUCCAGUAGUACACGGUUUAGAUCGGUUCAGUGUCACACCGCUAGCCGACUGCAAACCGCAGGGUAAAGUUUUCUUCGCUGAAGCACCCCAGACUUCAUUGAUUGCCCUGAUCAAACCGCUCAAAAGCAGCAAAAAAAAAAGUGACCAGAUUCCAGGAACACAUGCAACAUGGACCCCAAAGUCCCAAAAAACGAGUCCACAGCCUCUCCAAUCAGUCCUUGCAACGUGGAUCCCAUGACUCCUGUACUGUCCUCCAACAGCAGCUAGCGAGAGGGAGAGGAAGACCGGUCAAACUCUGGCAGACGUCACCAACUACCCUCCCGUCCUCUGCUCUCACCCUUGUCAACUUCAGUCUUGCUCAGUGCCUCAAUUGGAGAGGAGCAAUGGAGUCAGUCAUGGGCUUGCACCCUCAACGCCUCAAUUUCAUAUAAAACUCAUAUCCAAAAGGUCAUUGGUAAGUUCGGCAGCUGAACCUGCUGGUGUAAUAGGCUGCAGGCACAGACAGACAAUGUUGCAGCUUCUCAAUCAGAAAGAAAGAUUUGUUUUAUUUGUCUCACGUGCAUCAAAAUCAAAUCAGCAAGGAUUGUGCUGGGCAACUCGCCAAAUGUCCCCAUGCUUCCAGUGCCAAAAUAGCACGUCCACAACUCACUAACCCUAAUCACAACACCUUUUGGAAUGUGGGAGGAAACCAGAGGACCUUUAGGAAACCCACGUGUUCCUGGGGAGAACGGACUAACCCCAGACAGGCAGUGGCAGGAUUUGAUCCCUGAUCAUUUGGUGAUUUCUGGCUCUGUAAAGCAAUGCUGCCAUGUAGCCUUGGAUGGGCCACUGGGGGAGCUGUUGAGCAACAGUCACCUCUCCUGUUCUGAGGCUGAGGAAACAUCUCCCAGUCCAUUAACUUGUCCGUUUUCCCCCCACAAGUCCCCUGCAUGCAUAGAACAGCCAAAUCCUACGAGUGCCAUAUGGUUCUGUGUUCAUUACUGAUUAACCGGUACAUGCUCAAUAAUAAUACAAAGUGAUUUUACCUUCUUAUCCACAUGAAGUAUUUCCGGGAUGCAGAUGGGGAAAUGGUCCGGCAAGACAAACACCACCAGUAGUUUUGUUCUGUUUCAUCAUGCCAACGGAGUACAGAAACUGCAGUGUAUUCACAGCACCUCCACACAACUUUGUCAGGUUUAAUCUUCCGUCUUUUAACAGACACUUCACUGAUCUUCAGUGUUGGCAGUGAUUCAGCUGGAAAUCUAACAAUACCAAGAUCUGAAUUUCUCCCAAGGCAGGGAAAAAAAUGCAGAGUCAAAAAUCAUACUGGGAUCUAGCAAUCUAAAAAGAUGAACUUUUACUUGUCACAUGUACUUCAAAACAUACGGUGAAAUGCAUUGCUUUGCAUCAACGACCAACUCAGUCCAAGAACUGUGCCUGCAAGUGUCAGUGCGCGUCCGACACUAACAGAGCACGCACACAACUCACUAACCCUAACUGUACAUCUUUGGAAUGUGGGAGGAAACUGGAGGACCUGCAAGAAACCCUCAUGGUCAUGGUAGAAUGUACAGACCACUUACAGAGUGUUGGGAAUCAAAUCCCUAUCGGAUAUCACUGCUGCUGCUUCAAUUGUUGCAAAAGGCAUGUCAUUGCUGCACCACCAAUCCCAGAGAGUAUCGUUCUGUGAUUUCUGAUUCCUCUCAAGUUUACAGAUAGUGUGCAAGACUAGUUUUCCCCCGGAAUAAUUAAUUAAUUAUUGCUUGCUACAAGCUUUCACCACUUACCCUGCUGCGUGUCUGUUCAUAGAGUCAUAUAACAUUACAGCACAGAAACAGGCCCUUCGGCCCAUCUUUUGGGCCAAACUAUUAAUUUGCCUAGUUCCAUCAGCCUGCACCCAAACCGUAGCCCCUCAUACCCCUCCCAUCCAUGUACUUAUUCAACAUUUAACCAAAAUUUGGAUUCGAACCCACACCCACCACUUCUGCUGGCGGCUCGUUCCAUACUCUCACCACCCUCUGAGUGAAGAAUUUCCCCGUGUUCCCCUUAAACAUUUCCCCUUUCACUCUCAACUCAUGACCUCUAGUUCUAGGCUCACCCAAGCUCAGCUGAAAAAGCCUAUUACUAUAUCUAUCUAUGUCUACCCUUUCAAUACCCUCAUCAUUUUGUAUAUCUAAAUCAAAUCUCCCCUCACUCUCCUAAAUCCUAGGGAAUGAAGUUCUAACCUAUUCGGCCUUUCUGAUAACUUGGGUCUUUAUGUCCGGAGUUUGCUGAUUCCCACACUGAUUUAUUCUGUUUUUCACUGCAUCAAACACCAUCCCAACCUUUCUGUUAAACUAGGAUAAUUAUUACAAUAUCUACACUGUUUCUGACCGCAGGGGUUGUCAGAGACAUAGCGACCUGUUUGAUGAGGAGCAGUGGGAUACAGCAGUUAAUUGGGGAGUCGCAUUGUCUCAGCUGUGAGGAUCAACAUCAGUAAGGAGAGAAAGUGUGUGGAAAAAGUAUUAAACACUCACUGUAUUCGUUGUAAUACCACGUCUCCAAAGAGAACUCAGUCUCCAUUGCUGAAAAGCAAAAGCACAACACGGCAGAUGCAGAAAAAGGAAGAUAAAGACAAAAAAAAAAUAGUGGGAAUACUCAACAUGCCUAGUAGUGCCUAUGGGGUGAGAAACAGAGUUAACAUAUCAGGUGAAUGAUUCAGAGUGUGAAGUUUCAGCUCUGUUUCUAUCUCCACAUUCACUGCCUGUCCUGUUGAAUAUUUGCUACCUUUGCUGUUGACUUCAAAAAGGGUGUGGAUAGGCUUUGAUCCCAAUACUGUCACUUCAAAGUUCAAAGUAAAUUUGUUAUCAAGUUACAUAUAUGCUAUUCUGAGAUUCAUUUUCUUGCAGGCAUUCACAGUAGAACAAAGAAAUACAGUAAGGGUCAAGGAAAAACUACACACAGAGACCGACAAAGCAACCAAUGUGCAAAAAGAAGACAAACUAUGCAAAUACAGAAAUAACCAAAUAAUAAAUAAAUACUGAGACCAUGAGUAGUAGAGCCCUUGACAGUGAGUCUAGAGGUUGGGGAAUUAGUUCAAUGUUGAGGUGAGUGAAGUUAUCCACACUGCUUCAGGAGCCUGAUGGUUAAAGGGUAAUUGCUGUUUCUGAACCUGGUGGUGUGGGACCUAAGGUUCCUGUAUUUUCUUCCUGAUGGCAGCAGUGAGAAGAGAGCACGGACUGGACGGUGGGGGUCCUUGAUGAUGGAUAACGCAUAGAGAUGAUUUGGAAUCCAGCUCUUACUGAGCAGUUCUGUCAGCUUCUCUUUCCUAUCUGCAAGGGUCUUGUGUUGACAUUGGGUCACAGUGGACAACCGAUGCUGCUGUUCAGAAUGUCAGACCUGUCAGAGGUGCUAGAGUGGGUGCUGGUGCAGCAGAGAAUUGUGAUAUUUGGGAAAGGUAAUCAAAGGAUUUCCACAUAAAUUGGUGCUAGCUGAGGAGGAACCAAAUUCACUCAAAAGAUAAAACAAAAAAAAUUGGAUAACUAUUCAUAUCCUUAGAUAGAGUCAUAGAGCAAUACAACACAAACAGGUCAUUUGGCCCAUCUAAUAUGCGCUGAACUGUUUACUCUGCCUAGUUCCAUUGACACACACCUGGACCAUACCCCUCUUAUUAAAAUUUCUCUCUCGUGUUGAAAUUGAACCUGCAUCCACCACUUCUGCUGACAACUCAUUCCACACGCACACCACCCACUGAGUGAGGAAGCUCCCCUUCAGCUCCCUCGCAAAUAUUUUACCUUUUCGCCCAUAAACUAUGACUCUAGCUGUAGACUCACCGACCUCAAUGGAAAAAGCCUCCUCGCAUUUACUCUAUCUAUACCUUUCAUAAUUUUGUAUACCUCUCUCAAAUCUUGCCUCAUUCUCCUAUGCACCAGGGAAAUAAAUAUUUUAGGAAUUAGAAGCAAAUAAUGCACUUUGAUCCCACCAAACUGCAUUCACAUAAAAACAUAUUUUGGAAUGCGGUCUUCCUGACAAAUCCAGUGAUUAUCCCCUAUGCCUGCUUGCACUGGAUAUGCAUUGUUUGGCCGGUCAGUUUUUGGGUUUGGAGUGGAUAUGGGCAGAAUGGAUUUUGGACAAUAUGAUCCGAUAUUGAUAUCAGCUUUUCACUUCCAGAAACCUGUACUUCCUCAUUCCAUAGUGGGAUUUUACUAAUUAUCAGCACUGAACCUUCAGUUACUCUUUCAGUAACACACACAAUCCCACGAACAUUAAUUUUAAAAGUUUGUAUGAAUAUAAUGUUUGGCAUUUGAUUAAUAAAUGUCUUCCCUACUAGAAGCUUUACAGUCACUCUUAGGCAAAUGAAAUAAGUCCUGAAUGAUGUAAACCUUUGGCUGGUUGACUUUUUCCAGCUCUACUCAGGGAAGACAAAGGCAUACAGAACAUUCUUAGGAGGCUGUUUCAGUAGUGUAUUUUAUUGACAAUUCUUACUGCCUGUUACACCACUGGUGUUUAGGGCAGCAGUGAAAGUCGUCCAUCUCUAGCAGUGUUCAGGGCUUCCUCCAACAUGUCAGUAGCUUCCUCUUGGUUUUUGUUACUGUCAGUCAUGCAAAUCCGGGGUGGAGACUCAGGAAUACUGUCACACUCAGGUUUAGAAGGAUUCUUCAUUGCUGUUUCUGUAACAAUUUAGUUUUACCAGUCAGGGUUGUUAGCCCUGAACUUGGAGGACCGGUGGACCAUUCUUAGUCUGGCCUCUACCCUUUGACCUGUUUGGCAUGGGUGACCCUACCAAGAGUCAAAGGGUCGUUGAGGUACAAGGACUGCCAAACCACAACAAGGUUGUGAUCUUCUUAAUUGUUAUGCAACUGAACACUUGAUAGUCAAUAAAAGUUAAUUUCUUGUUUCUCAAAAUUCCUAUGAGAUACAAGUAGUCUGAAAUUAUAUUUGUGUUCUGCUUCAAGCAAUCUAUCAUAAAAGAUCCUGAGGAAGCAACACUUUCGAAAAAUGUUUUGUCCAGUGUAAUUGACAGGGGAUUAAUUAUGAGAUUUAGCCACGAGUUCUUUUUAAAGUUUAAUGCUCAAAAAAAGUGCAAUGACUUUAUCUCUUGAACUUGCCAAUAUUCCUUUGAUAAACAAGAAACAAUGAUUUGAUUUUUUUUUUUGUUUAUUGUGAUAUACGGUACUGUAUAAUUGUCCAUACACUGCUGGUAUUAAGUCUUUAAUUAUGUUUGGUUGAAAAGUCAGAGGGAUUCAUUGUAUUUAUGAAAAGUUAUUGAACCAACAUGAAAUUCUAACCUCUUUUCUAUGAGUAACAAUUAACCAGAUUUCAGGAAGUCAUCAAAACCUGAUUAGAGAAAAAUGCAUGUUGGACAAAUAUUGUGAAAUAAUUUUGUAUUGAAAAAUAUGUUUUUAAAAACUUUGGAAUCAGGUUCUUUCUUAUUUAAAAUAAAAAUUAUAAU